GUGGGCGGGUGGCGCCAGAGGGCUUGCUCGUCCAACGCCGCGCGCCAGAGGGCGCUGCCUGGCGUCGCUGCGUCCUCGGCCGCUGCGUCGACGUUGCUGUAGUGUCGUGGGCUGGUCGUGCUACCGGUGCCGCCGCGGUGGAGAUCGCCGUUCUAGGCGCCGGCCAUUGGUUACCCCGAGGACACGCCGCCUGUACUGGAGGGUAUGCCGCGCCGUGGUCGUGCUCCGCCUGAGGGAGGAGCGCCGCGUCGAAUGCUGCAUCCGAGAGGUGGAGGACGCCGUCGUCGCCAAACGCCGAGAAGCAUGUCCAUUGAUUACUGCUGUGGACGGGAAUAUGGCUAAUCGAAUCGGCGGCAUUCUUCUCUUCUCCUGUGGCCAUUUCUCAGCGGAGAGCAAAAGUGCUGAUAACGUGUUAGAGAGAAUCGAGAGAGAGGAGCGAAUGGAAAACAGAUAUAUGAAUGAACAGUUAUUCUAUUGAUUGAAGAUUGGGGUAUUUAUACCCAGUUUACAAGGCGGUUACAAAAGGAGGCAGUUGCCAAAAGUGGCACCGACAUAGCAGUGAUUAAUAGUUAAUUAACCUAAUUAAUUAAUUCCUAACAAUGGCAAUGACAUUUGUAGACAACCUCGACGAUGUGUGUGAGUGUUGUUGGUAGCCAGAUCGGCCAAUGUGGCCUAGCUUGUGCGCGUGCUGUAUCGGUUUUUAGGGGUUUUUUCGUAAUUACCCGGACAACUUCAUUUUCUUAAUGCAAUUGGAGUCCCAAGGCAUGACCUUUUUUUUUAUAGAAGGCACGACUUAAACACAACCGAGAGCCGGACGGAGGAGCCCGGUAGGCGGCCGCUUCCUGCCAAAUACAAAUUGGGUGGUCGAUCGCCCCACAGUUUCCGUCCCCUCCCACCGCACCUCGGACCCAUCGCCGCCGCCCUCCACCAGAAUCCGUCGCCGCUCCACGCCUCGCACCUCGACGAGGACCGCUCCCCGUCGCCCUCACCGGAUUCGGCGGCCGCACCGGCGGAGAUCCAAGGCCGGCGCAACGCCGCGUCGACGACACGGUCCCGGUUCCUCAAUUCGGCCUAGGGUUUCUCUCGGGAGGACGCGCGCCACCCGCUCACAUGGCGAACGAGGUUGUUCUCGAAACUCGAAUUGCCCCUCGCGUAUCGUCGGUUUCUCUCUGCUUCCUAUCGUUUCUACUGCUCUGUCAAGUGUUCAUCACAACUGCAUUAGUUGCUAGCGUUUAUUAUACGACUAUUAGCUACAACUUCCCAAGAAAGUUUGCAGAUAACAUUGGACAGUGAAAUGGGUCUCAACUUUGCUAGAAUCUGGAGGAUAAGCGGUAUUUGGAGUUAACAAAAUUACAUAGUACAUGUUUACUUUCACCACUGGUUCGUCAGUGAAAGAGGCACGCAAUAAGUGCACACUAGCUUAUUCAUGUGAUGAUCAAUCACAAUUGUUGGCCCAAACUGGGUAACCAACUCUUGUUCGGUUCUUUCUUGAACCGUGAAAAGUGUCUAGAAUUAAUCCGCAGUAUGCUGUGUUUGAUUUAUUUUUUAUCAGUUAUUAUGACAUGCCAUCAGGUUUACAGGUGUUGGCAAUUCUGUUUCUUCUUGCUCUGGUUGUCUACAGGGGUUGGAAAAAAUGUUGCCUUCUUGUCACUAGCUGACAACCAUUGAACUUGGGACCGGGACCUCUGUCGUUCCUCUUGCCAACAUAUCUUUCGGCUUCUGUAUGAUCCUUCUAUCAUUCACUGAUGGAGCUGACCCGAUCGACGCAGCCUGAUUUUCACCUAGCUUAUGCUGAAGGCGCCUUAUCUCCUUUUCUGACACCAUCAAAGUAGGUGAGGCUCCAGGGUUUCACCGAGGAUCAUACAGCAUCAAGUUUAUCUUACGUGUCGGUGUCACAAAUUCUGUACAUGACCACCCUUCUGCCAAGCCUCAGCUACCAUGUUUCUCAUCGCUCUCAUGUCGUUGCAGCAUGUUCUCAUAUACUGAAAAUAUUUCUCAGUUUGCUUUCGAUCGGUUACUCUGUCCUCACCAGCAGUGCACAUUACUAGAUGGACAUGUUCUGUCUAGUCAGUUUAAAUGUUUCACUUGCAUUAGUUGCCAUUCUUGUUUGCUUUUUGUUUGUUAGUGGGGUUAUCUCUACAUAGUGACCAGCUUUUGCGCUUCUUCAUUAGACAUUUCCAAGUUCUCAUUUUGUAGGUGUGCAUGCGUCCAACUUUUGAUCUCAUCCAGAGUUGUGAGCGGUUUCAGAAACGUGGACAUGGGUUUGCUGAGGAGGGCACAAGCAAGAAAAAGUCAGCUACUUCACCAUCUCCAUCUUCUAUGGCAGACAGACAGGCUUCAUUGUCGAGUUCUGAUCUCAUGCUGAGUUGUGAAGGAUUUCAGAAGCAUGGCUAGUUCCCAACGACACAUGUCAGCCAUCGGUUGCUUUACACCACUGGUGCUGAAAGUUGCCUCAGUGAUAAUGGGAACGCCACCGCUGCUAAGGACAGCCUUAGCAACAAUCUCAACCUAAAAAAUGAUGACAGUCUUGGAAACAUCCCUUGUUACGAUGAUUUUCUCCCUCUUGAGGAUGAUUCCGGUGAUACGCUUAUAGAUGAUGAUGGGAUAGGAAUUAUCCAAAGGGUUAGUCCUAUGGAAUCUAUCAAAAGGCUACUAUUGAAGAGAUCUGCGUUGAGUAUCUCUUCUGCUGAGUUAGGUGUCAAUACGAAGUUAAGUAUGAUUCCAGAAUCUUCGAGAGAUUUUAGGCAUAGUGGUGAUCUUUGUUGGCACAAGUAUUAUCACAUGAGUGAAGUAUCUCAGACUGUUUUGCCACCAAAGCGAUAUACUCGGUGCGAACCUUUGACUGCGGUGCGGUGCUUUCACGAGCCACAGGCUAUGCUCCAGGUUUUUUCUAUCAAGCUGAAGGCAUAUCUCCAAGCUAUAGGCAGUUCAGUCGAUGUAUAUGGUUUUGUUGCAGUCCGGGAUGGUGAGGAUUAUCACCGAAAUUAUCUUUUCAAUCGACCCCGAACUGACCCAGUGACCAUGAACACGACCAGCGACUACCUGCCUUUGAUGAGUCCAAUAAGAGGCAUGUCCAUGACAUUUGAAUGCUUGAUCGAAGUUGAUAUCAGAAUAAAGGGAGAUAUAGAAGAUGUCACUCUAGUCGAUGGGUGUUCCGAUCUUAUCGAGAGUCAUUGUCUAUAUGACACAGAAAUUGAGUGCACAAUGGAUGAUACAAAUGGUGCGGCCAUAUUCGAUUUUAUCAUCUUCCAUAGAGCGCUCGAGGCGACGAUAGAGUUGAAUUUCACGAAGGUGCCUAGACGAGGCAUGGAGGUGAAGAUGUGUGGGUACACCGCCAUUUCGAAGAGCCUUUAUGACUUCAUGGGCGAGCAGCGUGAGUGUGAUCGGUUCGUUACCUCUGCCGGGAAACAUCCACAGUACUUCAUAGCGGCUGUGCCGUUUGAAGAUACACUGUUUGUUGACUUCAUGGAGGGAAAGCUGUCGAUUCCUUUCAAGGCAGCAGUUCAUGGCAGCCAAGAGAGAGAAUACCAUUUCAGCAACAGUGCCCUGGUGUCGGUGACGGUUUCUUGGUCGUCGACCUAUUACUGAACCUAGCAAGAUAUAUAGAUAGGUAAUGCAGAGUGUCAACUAAUCGCCACCUGUUAGAUUUUAAUUCAUGUAACUUGAUAGAUUGUAAACUAGUAUAUUUAUGUUGCUUUGUGCGACACACAUCCACUUGUACGGAGUAUUCUUAUCGACUCAGCCUUUGCGCAGUGAGAGUAUUAUU